AUGGCCAUGUGGCCGCCGCCCAUCAACCCGCCCGACCACACCAUCGCCCCUUCCACCAACGGCGAUGAGUUGCAAUCUCUCAUCGAUCAGAUGCGUAAGGAAUCUUAUCUCUUUUUAGAGGCUUUUAAAGCGGAUUCCCAGAGGCUUUUUCCAAAAUAGAAUUUGAAAAAUCUCAAAUUCUAUUGUUACUUACAGCUUUUAUCCCGCAUAUUAUAACAAAUAAGGAUUUUUGACAUCUUCGUCAAGUGUAAUAUUAAACUUACAAGGGAAGUACCCCAAGUGCGACGCUCGGAUUUUCUUUAAAUUUUGCACACACGUCGGGUAUGGACUAAAUAUCAAUUCCUAAACUUUUAGCUCGCGCUUUGCAGGCGCCGUCGAGAUAUCGGGCGGGUUAUGCCGCCGAGAGAGCACGCUAAACGUGGAGAGCGGUCAGAGAUAAAAACGCUUUUUGGCCAUAACUUUGGCAGUUUCGUGCGGAAAAAUUUGAUUUUUUGUAGAAACAUUAUCCUUUACGGUAGAAAUUGGCAUGAAACUUUUCGUGCUGAAAUUCGGCAAAAAGUCCUAAAUUUUCGCCGACUUUCGAUCUAAAAAUCUCGGUUGUUUCUGCAAAGCGCGAGCUAGGAUUCUCGCAUAUAUCUUAGAAAAAAUUAUUCUAAAUUUGUGCCAAGUUUCAUCAAAAUCUGAGCGUCGCACUUGGGGUACUUCCCCUGUUAGAACAAUUUCAAAGUGUACUCAAAUCAUUUCUAAUGUUUUUGCAUAAUGUCUCUACGUUUGUGCUCCCGUGCCAACAAACUUUAGAGCUAUUAGCAUAAAUUCCGGUCAUGGAUUGUUUGGAAUAAUCCGAGCGGAAGACGAAUUUUUUGAAAAAGAAAGGUCAAGGAAAACUUUGGCGACGACAAAAAUGUCCAAAAACGUAUCGUAAAUUCAUAAAACUUAAAAGAAUUCUACAAGAACCGCUUUCAGGAGUCCAAGAUUUUGAUUCGAUCAGAUUCGCGACCUAUCGGACUGCUUGUAAACUCAGAUUUGUUCAGAAAAAGACGAAUGGUAAGUGUUAUUACCCAUUAAUUACACUAAAUUCAGUUCAUCUUGUUGGAAUAUGGGAUAUGAUCGAAGCUUUCCGAGAAAAUGGACUCAAUGCAAUGCCAAUUACGGCAAGUUUGAAGAUCUCUCGCCUCGAACUGCUUCUAACUUCUAUUUUCCACAAUCUGAACAAAAGAUUGCCGACUUCUCAGCAUGUGGAUACGGACAAGAGUAUCUCUUCUCUCCUCAGCUUCAUGUUAGGUGCAUAUGACCGACAGCAUAUCAAUAGAGUCACCGUCUUCGCCACGAAAAUCGGUCUAGCCACCCUUUGUGCGGGUAAAUUGGUCGAUAAAUUGAGGUGUAAGUGGUGAUGUAACCCGCGUUAUAAUAAUAUAAAAUAUUAAGAUGUCUUCUCACAAAUUUCUGAUUCAUCCGGUCGAAUGGAAUACGAGAAGUUUACCGAGUAUUUACAACAAGUUCUUGCCUUGCCGACGGCCGUUUUCGAAGCACCAACCUUUGGAUUCUCGGAAACAGCGCUCCAGCAAUGUUUUAAACCGGUAAAUAUCCUUGCAACCCAAUAAUAGGGACAAUUAAUAUAAAAAAAGUAGUAACUUACUUUCCCCUUUUCAGAACCAAGAAGUCAGUCUAAACCUAUUCCUCGACACAAUAAUGGGAGAAAACUGUCCGCCAUGUCUAAUGUGGCUACCUUUACUACAUCGGAUGGCUUCAGUAGAACAUGUUUACCAUCCCGUUGUUUGCGAUGCUUGCCAGGUAACUUAUAUUUCCUAUUAGUAUUUACCUUAUUUUUAGGCUCGAUCCUUUACUGGAUUUCGAUACAAAUGUCAGCGAUGUCCCAAUUACCAGUUAUGCCAAUCUUGUUUCUGGAGAGGCCGGAUAAGUCAAUCCCACUCCAAUGAACAUGAAAUGAAAGAGUACUCUAGCUAUGUAAGACAUCUCUUGAAGUAACAUUUACUUUUUUAGAAAUCACCAACCAAACAGAUCGCUCAUUCGAUCCACAAAUCCCUCCAAUGCAUGCCAUUGGUAUCUCAGAAGACCGAAAGACCAUUUGAACCGCGGCCUCAGAGGUACCUAGACCUCUCAAACAUAGUUCCCAUGACUCCAUCUACCCAUCGUUAUCAACAACCGCAAGAGCCCAUAAAUGAAUGGACCUCAGGAUUACUUCCGGGACAAUAUGGAAAUGGAUAUGCGAUGGAUGACGAGCACAAAUUGAUCGCGAGAUAUGCCGCCAAAUUGGCUGGAAGGACAAGUGUGAGGAACAAAUUUAAUCGAGUUUGAAAAAAUAUUGUCAAUUUAGGAUGAAGGCCUUUUCUAUUCUCAACGCUAAUAUAAUACUUUUCCUAGGUAAAAACCCUAUUCAUGGUUGUAUUUCAGCAUGUUCCAACGAUGAAAAAGCAAAAAAGGCCAGGUCAAAUCACGGAUCCUAUUGAUGAAAGAGCAGUGAUCGCCCAAUUAGAAGAAGAAAACAAUGAAAUGUUGAGAGAAAUGGCAGUGAUGGAGCAACAACAACAACUGGUAGACAGUAAUCCACAUUUGGCCGGAAUCCGGGAUCGAACGGCCGAAUUGGAGGCCAAAAUGAGAGAGAAACAGCAAGUCAGAAGACAACUAAUGCAACAAUUGGAGAGAUUGAUGGGACAACUAAACGUAAGUAAAGUGAGUACAUGUAGAAUAAAUAAAUAUUAUUCUUCAGUCCUCCUCUGAUGGAACAAUAAAACGGCCUCUCACAUUGGGAACAAACCCGGAGGAGCUGAACGGACUCGGAAAUAUGAUCAGCAACGCCUUCCGGCAAUCAGAACCGACUCCAUUCCCAGAGAUCACCCAAUUACAAGGAGAUCUACUCAAUGCGGCCGAGGCCAUCACUAGUAAUAUGACUGAUCUGGUGCAGGAACUUGACCAAGGUAAUCUUUAAUCUAUAUCGACUCAUUUUACAGCACGAAUUUGAUGUAAAAUAAUAAAAUUCCGAACUUCUGAACUUUCAGCCAGUGACGAAAGUCUAAAAGAGAACGGAACGACCGUUUUGCCAUGA